GCUCUUCAUGAUUUCAUCCUUACUUUUGCACUUAUAUAAAUGGUGUAGGUAGACAAACCAUUUCUUCACACCCAUAGUCCAAAGAUGGAGAAGAGCUGCAGAUCAUACUGUCAGUAUUCAUCUGAAUUCGGGUGUGAAAAUCGAGAAAACCCGUACGCAUUUAACGGGCCAAACGCGUCCAACGAUCCAGAAAUGAAGCGGAAGAAGAGAGUCGCUGCAUAUAACAUGCUCGCCACGGAAGGUAAGGUGAAAGCAUCUGUCAAAGAGAGUUUCAAGUGGAUCAAGACCAAGUUCAACGAUGUUCGUUACAGUUUGUAACCAAGUUCGGUAUUGUAUAACUGUGACAUGUUUGUUUAUUGUUGUAUGUAUGACAGUAACAGAAACAGAACAAUGUUUAGUCGUCAAGUAGUUUUUGUUACUCCCUGUUAUUGCGUGGAAUUUAUCGUCUUUCCUUAUUUCAGGCAAAGAUUAUGCUCCUGCAAAUGAUGUCCCCAAUAAAUUUUUAAAUUGUAUAAACUGGUCUAUAUUGCAAGUCA